UACAAAUUUUAUCCUUAUAUAAUGUCUUUAUUAUACAUUUUAGGACAAAACAGCUUAGUCAUCGGUUGUCACUUGUCAAUUCUCUUUCUUUCUAAUUUCUUGUUUCUUUGUUCUCUUAAACUUUCUGCAUGCUCUUUUAAACAUAAUUAAAAUAUUAUAGCUUUAAGAAAGAGAGAACAGAGGCAAAGGGAGGUUUUUUGGUGUAUAUAAAAAGUUAUAAUUCCUAAAGGAAUUUUGAAGAAAUGGCCAAGUUUACUAAUUUGAUUGGAUCUGGGAUUAUAGCAGCCACCAACCAGGUCUGUUCCCAUGUCAAGCAUAUCCCUGCUGUUAGCAAUUUGCAGAAACAAAUCUCUUGCGACCCAAUACAGGUCAGAUGGAAUAGCACCGAGCCAUCUUUGAAGAAUGAUCUUUCAGCAACUGACUAUAGAGGAUAUAAGGGGCAUGAUAUGUUGGCACCUUUUACAGCCGGGUGGCAUACUACUGAUUUGGAACCUUUAGUUAUACAAAAGUCUGAGGGUUCUUAUGUCUAUGACAUUAAUGGGAAGAAGUACCUCGAUGCUCUAGCUGGAUUGUGGUGCACAACCUUAGGGGGAAAUGAGCCUCGUCUUGUUGCUGCUGCAACUAAACAACUCAACGAGUUGCCCUUUUACCAUUCAUUUUGGAAUCGUACUACAAAACCUUCUUUGGAUCUUGCAAAGCAACUCCUAGAUCUGUUUACUGCAAAUAAAAUGGCGAAAGCUUUCACAAACAGCGGUUCAGAAGCCAAUGAUACACAGGUGAAACUGGUGUGGUAUUACAACAAUGCACUCGGGAGGCCAGAAAAAAAGAAAUUCAUUGCUCGAACAAAAGCAUACCACGGUUCAACUCUGAUUUCCGCAAGUCUCUCUGGUCUUCCUGCACUUCAUCAGAAAUUUGAUCUGCCAGCUCCGUUUGUUCUGCACACUGACUGUCCUCAUUAUUGGCGCUUUCACCUGCCAGGUGAGACGGAAGAAGAGUUCUCAACAAGGUUGGCAAAUAAUUUGGAAAAUCUCAUACUCAAAGAGGGACCUGAAACAAUAGCUGCUUUCAUUGCUGAACCAGUGAUGGGAGCGGGAGGUGUCAUACCUCCUCCAGUGAACUAUUUUGAUAAGAUCCAAGCUAUACUCAAGAAGUACGACAUUCUUGUCAUUGCGGAUGAGGUCAUAUGUGGAUUUGGAAGGCUCAGGACAAUGUUCGGAUGUGAAAAAUACAACAUUAAACCUGAUCUUGUCUCUGUUGCGAAGGCUCUUUCUUCUGGAUAUAUGCCAAUUGGUGCUGUCCUUGUAAGCCCUGAAGUUAAUGAUGUCAUAUAUUCUCAAAGCAACAAACUUGGUAUAUUUUCCCAUGGAUUUACUUAUUCGGGGCACCCUGUCUCGUGUGCUGUUGCCCUGGAAACAUUGAAGAUCUACAAGGAAAGGAAUAUUAUUGAGCAAGUAAACAGAAUAUCGCCAAAGUUCCAAGAAGGUUUGAAAGCAUUUUCCGACAGUCCCAUAAUCGGGGAGAUAAGAGGAGCUGGUUUGUUGCACGGUACAGAGUUUACUGAUAACAAGUCUCCUAAUGAUCCUUUCCCUCCUGAAUGGGGUAUAGGUGCAUAUUUUGGAGCACAGUGUGAGAAGCACGGGAUGUUGGUACGUGUUGCUGGUGAUAGCAUAAUGAUGUCUCCUCCCUACAUUCUUAGUCUGGAAGAAAUUGACGAGUUGAUAAGCAAAUAUGGGAAAGCACUGAAGGAUACUGAAAAGAGAGUGGAAGAACUCAAGUCCCAGAAGAAGUAAAAGCUCAUGGCAAAAAGCUUGAAAAAAAGAGAGAAAAAGUGGAAGUCCAAAUGAAAUAAAAAGUUAGCCACUCUUAGAUGAAGUAUAUGUAAAUCAAUCAGUUAACUAGGCUUAUAUAUAAGAUUAGUUGGGAUUAGUUAGAGUAUUUUUGUUGUUGUAGACUAGUUUUACGCUGGCUUUCAAUCUACAUCAAUUGUUUUUACCUUAUGAUACCGUCUAAUCUUUGUGAAAUCAAGUUAUGGAAAAAGGCGUUUGGACAUUC